AUGGUGCGUCGGUGGCGUACAUAUUUUCUCAAGGGACUCGGAGAAGUUCAUGAUGAGCAGCGUGCAGGCAGGAUAAAAACCGCCAUUACAGAUGACGCAGUCGCAGCAGUCGAAAGAAUCAUUUUGGCGGAUAGGUGCUUUACAAUUAACAGAAGUUUUGACUCAAUGCCUCCUGAAAUCGAUAUUUGUCGAACUUUAAUCCACACAAUCAUAACAGAUCAUCUUGGUUACCGUAAAGUUUGUGCGAGGUGGGUCCCACGACACGGCAUGGACUUUUACAAACAAGCCAGUUUAUUACGAGCUCGCUACGCGACACAACAGGAUUUUUCAGGGGACGCCGCCGGAACGCUGACUGGUGCAAGCGAGUGGACAAAAUAA